AUGGCUCCUCAUCGAUUGGAAAGUGUUUUCAUUGUUUAUCCAAAAUCCAGUACUACUCUAGUACAAUUCGGUCUUCAAGAUGAGAUGUUCGUUUAUCCAGAGUUGGAGAUUCCAACUGUUGUUUAUGAACAUCAAGAUUCUUCUGGUUCUGUGAAUUAUUUAUCUAGACCUAAAGAUUCAGAUUCAAAAGAAAUACAUCCAAUUGUAAAUGGUGAAAUAGUUAACAUUGAUGCUUUUUUACAGUUUUUAAAAAUUGUUUACGUCUCUAUUUUAAAUGAAAAAUCUUUAUCAGACCCUAAUAGUUUUGAUAGAGAACUAUCAAAUAUCCCAUUCCUUUUAAUAUCACAUCAUUCAUGGUCACAAUUUCAUAUUGAAAAAAUUACUCAUUUUGUUUUUGAAGCAUUACAACUAAACAGUUUCAUCACAUUACCUGUUUCUUUGGCUUCAAACUACGCUAUGAUCUCAUUACAAAAUUCAUGUAUUAUUGACAUUGGUGAAACCCACACCGAUAUUGUUCCUGUUAUAGAUUAUUUACAAAUGGAUCAUAUUGCAUCUUCAAUAAAAUAUGGUGGUCAAACUAUCAACGACAGUCUAUCGAAAAUAUUGACAGAUUUGUCGCCAGAACAAAUCGAAGAUCUGAAGAAAUCAGCAAUCUUCGAAGUGUUAAGUGAAGAUGCUAAAAAAGAAUCUGCUUUUAAGUUUCAAAGUUCCGAUGAUAACGAAGACGAUAGUGCGCUAGAUGUUGCAGCAAUAAUUACCAGUGGUCGUGAUACAAGAGAAAUUCUAGAAGAAAGAGAACGUAAUAAAAAUAGUGAAAACGUGCCAAACUCACAACUAGAGACUAACUCGUUCACAGAUAGAGAUGGCAAUUCUAUUUCUAUUGGAAAACAAAGGUUUCAUGGUUGUGACGACCUAAUCAGUAAAAUCUCAAAAAGAGUUGGUAUAACUUUAUCUUUAAUUAAUGAUAUAACUAAACAAAGGCCUGUCUGGGAAAACUUUGUUAUAAUAGGUAGCACAUCUUCAAUUAAAGGUUUUAACGAAGCAUUAUUAACAAGAUUAAUAGAUGACCAUUUGAUAGCAGAGCCUGAUAAUGAAAAGAAAGGUAGAGAACAAGAUGCUGCAAGCAAUCCUUUAAAUAAGAAGAAAACCAAAUUUAUGGGAUCAAGUUUCGUUUCAAGUCGUGAAUAUUCACAGGUUCCUACAAUAAUAAAAUUUGCAAAAUAUCCAGAAUAUUUCCCUGACUGGAAGAAAAAUGGAUAUUCUAAUAUCCCAUUCUUAGGUGGUCAAAUUGUAGGCAGACAAUUAUUCACUCAUUCUAAGGAUAACUUUAUUGUGACAAAGGAAAAAUAUAACGAAAGAGGACCAUCUGCUAUAUGGGAUGUAAGUUUUUAG